AUGCAGAUAGAAACGUUAUGGCCGGUAUCGAAGGAAUACCAUUUAAGACCGCGUAGCCAUACACCAACUAAUGAUGCUACAACGAAUGAUAGUGUUUAUUCCGAUGACGUUCAAACAUCAUUUAAUGAAUUAAGUUCAUCGAUAUUAGAACGUUUAAAUGAAAAUUACAUACUAUCAUUUGAAGAGGUAAAAGAAAUGUACCUGACAGUAAUAAAUAAAAGAAACCAUAAAUUAACCGAUCAUAUGAUACGAACAACAACAAUAAAGAAUCAAUUGAAAUCAAGCUUAGGGGAUAAAAUAUCGUUUAUUGUAGAAACAAAACGAAAUGGAACGUAUAUCAUAUUAAAUAAUCUCAAUAAAUAUGCACUUAUUGUUUUAAAACAACAGAUCACUAAUAACAAUAGUACGAUAUCAUUAUCAACAAUCACUAAUCAACAAGCAAAAUCACAAGAACAGAAUGAUUCUGAAUUAAUCCUAUCAUCAAUUAGUUUAUUGAGAAAAACGUUCGAUGAAGCAUUCAAAAUAUUUGAUAG